GUGCAGACUGCAGGAUCAGCUAUGGAUAAAGAAGAUCGCGAAAAGGAAGGAAAAGGAGCUGUGUGAGGCUGCAAAGACUGGAGACACAGCAAAAGUAAAGCAGCUGUUAGAUGAGGGAGUCAAGUCCCAGGUUACCAGUGGCUAUAUGAAAAGAACUCCACUGCACCUUUCAGCUGAGAAUGACCAUUAUGACAUUGCCACAGCUUUACUGAAAGCUGGUGCAGCUGUAAACGCACGAGAUGUUGUGGAAAGAACUUCUCUGCAUUUGGCAGCUGUAAAUGGUCACCAUAACCUUGCAACAGCUUUGUUGGGAGCUGGUGCAACUGUGAAUGCACGUGAUGAUCAGCAAUGGACUCCAGUGCACCUGGCAGCCAUGAAUGGCCACCAUGAAACUGUAACAGCUUUACACAAGGCUGGAGCAGAUGUAAAUGCACGGGACAAUGAGGAAAAGAUUCCCUUGCACCUGGCAGCUAAUAAUGGCUACCAGGAAACUGUAGCAGUUCUACUCAAAGCAGGCUCAAAUGUCAACACAAAGAACAGAGAGCAAAUAACUCCCCUGCACCUGGCAUCCCGGGAUGGGGACUAUGAAACUGCAUUGGCUUUACUGACAGCUGGUGCAGAUGCUAAUGUAAUGGACAAGCAGAAAAGUGUUCCUCUCCAUGAAGCUGCUCUUCACGGCCACCCUAAGUGUGUGGAAGUCCUGCUGCAGCACGGGGCUGAUAUCGCUGUGAGGAACAAGGAAGGUUUAUCGACUAAGGACAUUGCUAAAGAUAAGGACACCAGCAGCAUUGAUACGGGAAGAAAGGAAGAAGUCAUCCUUGGCAGAAAUGCAAUACUAAAGCUUCUGCAAGAGGAGAGUUCUAGAAUUUAUAAACGUAACAAGGAAGCUCAAGCUGUCCUGAUCCGGUACUACGAAGAAAAGGGGAUGACCGUGGUGAAGAAGGAUUGUCCAGUGAUUAAAGCAGCAGCAGAGGAGAGUGGAAAAUCUGUGGAGCAAGUUAGGAAUUUCAUCAACUAUUACAAGAGAAAGGCUAGCAGUGGGAAGAGACCAGCUGAUGAACCGGCUGGUAGUCAGAGUGACAGAGUGGCUAAGGAAAGCAGAGAAAAGAUGUCCACAGCAGAUCCAUCUGAUCAGGGUGCAGGAAGUUCCACUUGGCAGGUUCAGACUGCAGGAUCAGCUAUUGAUAAAGAAGAGCACGAAAGGAAGGAAAAGGAGCUGUGUGAGGCUGCAAAGACUGGAGACACAGCAAAAGUAAAGCAGCUGUUAGAUGAGGGAGUCAACUCCCAGGCUACCAGUGGCUAUAUGAAAAGAACUCCACUGCACCUUUCAGCUGAGAAUGACCAUUAUGACAUUGCCACAGCUUUACUGAAAGCUGGUGCAGCUGUAAACGCACGAGAUGUUGUGGAAAGAACUGCUCUACACUUGGCAGCUGUAAAUGGUCACCAUAACCUUGCAACAGCUUUGUUGAGAGCUGGUGCAACUGUGAAUGCGCCUGCUGAUCAGCAAAGGACUCCAGUGCACCUUGCAGCCAUGAAUGGCCACCAUGAAACUGUAACAACUUUACACAAGGCUGGAGCAGAUGUAAAUGCACGGGACAAUGAGGAAAAGAUUCCCUUGCACCUGGCAGCUAAUAACGGCUACCAGGAAACUGUAGCAGUUCUACUCAAAGCAGGCUCAAAUGUAAACACAAAGAACAACAAGCAAAGGACUUCCAUGCAUUUGGCAGCCACGAAUGGGCACCAUGAAACUGUGACUUUACUGGCAGCUGCACAAAAUGCAGACGUGAAUGCACAGGACAGUGAGCAAAUAACUCCCCUGCACCUGGCAUCCCGGAAUGGGGACUAUAAAACUGCAUUGGCUUUACUGACAGCUGGUGCAGAUGCUAAUGUAAAGGACAAGCAGGAAAGCGUUCCUCUCCAUGAAGCUGCUCUUCACGGCCACCCUAAAUGUGUGGAAGUCCUGCUGCAGCACGGGGCUGAUAUCGCUGUGAGGAACAAGGAAGGUUUAUCGACUAAGGACAUUGCUAAAGAUAAGGACACCAGCAGCAUUGAUACGGGAAAAAAGGAAGAAGUCAUCCUUGGCAGAAAGGCAAUACUAAAGCUUCUGCAAGAGGAGAGUUCUAGAAUUUCUAACCGUAAUAAGGAGGCUCAAGCUGUCCUGAUCCGGUACUAUGAAGAAAAGGGGAUGACCGUGGUGAAGAAGGAUUGUCCACUGAUUAUAGCAGCAGCAGAGGAGAGUGGAAAAUCUGUGGAGCAAGUUAGGAAUUUCAUCAGCAAUAGAAAGAAACGGGCUAGCAGUGGGAAGAGACCAGCUGAUGAACCGGCUGGUAGUCUGAGUGACACGGUAGCUAAGGAAAGCAAAGAUGGUGCCAAGAAACCUAGGACUCAGGCACGUGUGGAGGAUGCAGAAAAACCUGGCUGCUCAUUUCAGGGGAUAGAGACGUUAAUGGAGGGCUCAAUCCAAGAUGGGGCAUCAGGAAGCAGCACUGACGUCACCAUCUCCACACAAACUUUGCAGUCAAAACAAGACAUUUCCACUUCAGCGGCAAUUUCUGUGCUGCUGGUAAAUGAUGAGUAUGGUACAGCUCAUGGAGGUGUUUCCACCAUGAGUCGUGGAGUGGCACGGCUACUGAGGAAGCACGGCGCCCAAGUUUAUGCUACAGCUCUGAAAGUAACUGAGGAUGACAAAAGGUCUGCCAAAAGGGAUGGUGUGGAAUUGCUUCUGCCUGAAGUCCACAGUGAUAUGCCACAGCCAUGUUUGGAUUGGUUGAACCAUUACCACAUGGUUCACUACCCAAACAUACCAAGGACCCUACAGUAUGUCGUCGGCCAUGCAGAUGUUACAAGCAAGGCUGCAAAAAGGAUCAAAGAACAAAGCUGCCAGGAAGCAAAGUUGGUCCUCUUCAACCACGAGAUGCCAGAAGACACAGCGUACUUCAAGACAACUAAGAAAGCGAUGCAAGCACCAGACAAGGAAAGCAGAAUAUUGGAAGAUGCAAAGUCUGCUGAUGCCGUGUUCUCGGUGGGGCCCAAGAUCUACAGUUACUUCGAAACAAAUUACAAGUCACUUGAAGAGGCUGGGCCGAGGCACUACCUCUUUCUUCCCAGGGCAUCCAAAGUGUUUGAAAACACAAAUGCCAGGCCAGGAGGAGGACAGAAGGUGGUACUGUCCUUUGGAAGGGUGAGUGAAGUGGUGGUGCAAAAGGGCCAUGACUUGGCAGCUCGGUCCUUGGGGUAUGUACCAGAGCACAUAUUGAGGAACCUGAGCUGGGUUGUGCGUGGGGUCCGAAAAGAUGAAGAUGAUUGGGAAAAGAGCCGGAAAAUUCUGGAGAAGAAGAUGCAGAAGCGCAUUAUCAAACCCACCUUUCGUCCCUUUGGCACCCAGGAGGACAUCGCCAAUGACAUCAAACGUGCUCAUCUGGUCCUGAUGACAUCACGCUCAGAGCCGUUUGGGCUGGUAGGGCUGGAGGCCAUUGCAGCAGGCAUCCCUGUUCUCAUCUCUGACCAGUCAGGGCUGGCAGACAUGAUCAAGGACUUGAGCAAGAAAUACAAGUCCCUCGAAGACCUGAGGCACAGGAUCGUCAAAACCAAUGUGGAGGAGUCCGCGGUGGAGGAAACUGCAAGAAGAUGGGCAGACAAGAUCACAGAUACCCUGGAAUACUCCGAAGGGGAGUUUGAGAAAGCUGCAGAGUUCAAAAAGAAGCUCUUGGAGUCCAAGUACUGGGAAGAAUCCAACAACGAUCUGCUUCGUGUCUGCGGAUUGAUUGAGUGAAUUUAGAUCACUUCUGAUCUAGAUUGAGAGAGCCUAGGUCAGUUCUGGAUCUAGAUUGAGAAAGUCUUAGACCAUUUCUGCAUCACAAGAGAAUUCAGGUGUAAUCUGUCAGUUCCCAAUUCUAUGAGACAGCAAUCACUGAGUGACCGAAAAUUUGUGAAAUACACUAGAUUUCCAGGGAACCUGCAAAUGUCUGAUUUAGAAUGUACCAUGUAAAUGUAUGAUUUAAAGACAAUGUAAGCAGGGCAAAACUGCCAUUUGCAUUUUGUAAGGAGUAUUUUGUUCUUUUCUGUAAGGAAUAUGUUAAAUGGUUUCACACUUAAGUCUUACCUUAGAAGAAGCUUUUGCACUGAACACCAAAUGUAAAAUCGCAGUAAGUCUUGUACGUCCCAGACAAUUAAUAAAUAUGUAAAACCAUUCCUUUGAUGAUUUAUAAGACAACAAACGCCUGUCACCUUGAUGUCACUGUUUAAUGUUUGUAUAUGUACUUCAGAAGUGUUUCCAACACUCAUCCUGCACUGUAGUCAUUACUGUUAUUUUUUGUGAAUAAAGGAAGGGGGUACUCUGAGAGAGGACAGUGGUGAGAAAGGAGUCACAGGUAGAAGUUCUCAGAAGCGAGCCUCCUGUGUGUUUGUACCGGCCACGCCUGUGUCCAGUGUACUUCAUAGUCCUGUAGUCAGUCCCUCCAGCAGCAUCACAAAGAAUCCUGGUUCUAAAACAACAACUGGCCCUGCUUAUCAACAACAAACACACAAAAGUGUUAAAAUAUAUGUUAUGUAUAACGUUAUGACGUUAUGUUCAUAAUUUUGUGUAAUCUAGCUUUUAGUAUGUGAUAUUUUUAUUUGACGUGAUGGUGUGUAUUUCAUUUGUUGGAUGGCUACUUGCCUGACUAACAUUUUUUAUCACAGACAAUAUUUACCAAUUCUUACCUACAUUUGUCUAAUUGGAAUAAUGUUGACUUUAUCAGAAUUUUCUGAAUUUCUUCUUAUGGAAACUUCAAAAGAUGUCGAUGUCAUUGAUGAUGAUCAGAAACAUUUCCCACAAGCUAGUAUGUGCGCAUCAGUAUUGAGUAAUAAGGGUGUGGUAGUAUAGAAACUUCAAAAGCUAUAGAAUAUUUUUGUUUUUUUAUACCUUUCUGUUGAUAUCUGAUAGCUACGGAAUAGGAGGUAGGACAAUUGUGUCCUCCCACCAGCAACACAUCUGGUGUGAAUUAAGAUCAAUAAAGGACAGGGACCACGUGUCCCUAAAUCA